AUGCUUUGUUUCCACAGAACAGACUAUAUGCUGAACCCCAAAAUCAAGUAAUUAAAAGGGGAAGUGCCAAGGGAGAUCCAAUUUGGAAGCGGGUGGCCAGAAAUCUGGGAGAGCUGAAGCCAAACCACUCCACUGAAGAAAGGAGAGAGGGCUUUCGAGGCAGCCUCAAGGGAGGCUGAAUCGGCCUGUCCGCGGGAGGACAUUUGCAAAGGGCGAGCACAAGUGUCCCCAAAGUGAGCACAUCUUGGGCCACGAGGAGAGUUCCUAUAGGGAACAAACGGAGACUAAAGACAAUCCCAUCGUGAUCUGGCGAGGGAUGAGAUCUGGGGACAAGCAGAGCUCAACAGGAGACCCUCAAGCUCGGCAGAGGCGGCGGCCAUUCACUGACAAAGCCGGAGCUCUGGGUUAGCAGUGUGUCUGAGGUGCUGUGGGUAACACUGAGGUUGAGGAACGAGAGCAACGCUCUCACCGUUGCUCUCGCACAGCCCUACUCCGGGGACAAUUUGACCCAGGGGCAAGGAAACAGGGUUCUUGGUUCAGGCCCAUCUGAGCAGGACCAACUAACCAGCAGGAGCAGGUGGAAGAGACCAAAGCAGGAAGUGCGGGGGGGGGGGCCGGAAGAAGGGGGAGGGCUACCAACUGAGACUAGGCCAACCAGACCGCUGGGGGCUGCCAGCUUCUGAGAGAGACAGUCUCCCAAGGGCCCAUCUGACCCAGGCCGACUUGGUGGUAGCCAAGGCAGGGCUACCCAGGGCCUGGCCCUUGAGCUAAUCAGAGAGGCCACCAACAGGUCCCCCCCCGCCCCCCGCCGCCGGUCCUCAGGGAGUGGGAGUGCACCUAGGAUUGUGGUUUCUCUACCCAUCCAGGGCCCGGGCCCGGGAGGCAUUGUGCCUGGUUGUAGACAGGAGCCUUCCUGGGGAACUCAAACCAUACGUUUGUUUACUUGUAGAAAAGAGAGAAGCUAGGGGCCUGUACCCCUCCCCUCCCCCACACUUGGCCAGGGCUCCCUCUCCAGACCAGCUCAGAGCCGCCUUUGUGACAUCACAUGACAAAUAAAGGGGGCGAUGACUCAGGCACCCGGUUGCCUGACUACGAGACUCCAGAAUUUGGGGGACAGUAUAUAUGGGGCACCCCUGUACCGGCCGAAGGCAUUUCUGACUCGAGAGUCAAGUGAGACGGUCUCGGGGUGAAAAUGCUCCUGAUCUAGACUUAGCGCCAUGGCUAGUCAGAGUACCGACGAGAUACGCCCGGUCAAGCUGGCUCCGCCUGGUGACGGAGAGUCAGCCACAGCGGUCCCAUCGACUUCCUCCCUGGGUCCAAAUUUGGAUUCCAGGGAGGUUUUAGAGAAGCACGAGGACCCGGCUGUGAGCCGAGAUCCAGAUCCCCAAGACAACCCACAGCCAGAGGCCCCAAACCUGGGUGCCGCCAAUGUGGGACAAAACAUUCUCGGGCUUUCCUUCCCGAGAAAGCUCUGGAGCAUCGUGGAGGACGACGCCUUCCCGUCCGUGCGCUGGAAUGACGACGGCGACACCGUGAUCAUCGAUGAAGACCUUUUCCAGAGGGAGAUUCUUCACCGGAGGGGCCCAGAGAGAAUCUUUGACACUGACAGCUUGAAGGGGUUCAUCUGCCUAAUGAACCUGUACGGGUUCAGCAAAAUACGCCCAGACAGCCCUUCGGUUCGCGCCCCGGGGAACGGGAGGAUGACGAUGUACCGCAACUCCAACUUCCAGCGAGACAGGCCCGUGCUGCUCGAGAAUAUUCAGAGGAAAGGUGAUCCGAGAACCGGCACCAGGUGGCUAGGAAGCGGUGCAACACCUCUAAAGAGAAAGAAGCAGGUGGCGGCGGCGACAAGACGUUCCCCACGAUUCCAUCACAGCGAAUCCAGCAACGAGGACAAGGCGGGCCCCAGAGAAGCCCCAAACGUUCAGGGACCCAGCGGCACCCAGUCCUUUGGCUUCUCCAGUAUCUGGUCCCUGAGCAGCGUAGCCAGAAGUGCCAUGGAAAAUCAUGGCCCAAGUGAGCAGGGUGGCCCAAGUGGGGAGGGCACCUCCAGGAAUGUGAUGUUUGUGCCCCUGGCUACUGCCAGAAGGGACGGCGCGGGGGAGCUGCCCACCGCCCUCCCGGCUUACCCAGAUGACGGGUUGCUGAUGUCGCUGUACAACACCUGCUAUUCCAUCCUGCUGGCUGGCCUUUCUGUCAUGUCCCCAAACGAGGCCCCCAGUGAGAAUGAGGAGGAGGAGGGUUCCUCAGAUUACAAGUGUGCACUCUGUGAACACUUCAAGGACGACCCGGUUCCCUAAGCUCACAGGCCACGGGCGACAGAUAAAAAUCACCAUUGUGGAACCCUGACUCUAUUCCUGGCCUUAAUAAAGAAAAGCAAAACUCCGCAGGAGUCAAUAAACAAUGACACCGGCGAGUCUGUGUUCUUUCUAACUUGCGACACCACGC